UAUUAUUGUUGUUACCUUGAUUUUAUGCCUUGAUUGAGAGAGUUUCGUUUAUCGUUCAGUGUUCACCACAGUCUAGUUUAUGGAAAGGCCGCCCAUAGUCUCGUUUCAUUAAAUGUUUUUACUGCUUCCUUGAAACAUUUCUCAGCUAGUUUAUUGCCCCAAAAAAUAUAUAAAGUAAAUAUAGAUGCCAUCAAAAUGCAUAUUUUGUAAAAUCAUAACAAAGAGUGCCCCAGCAGAUAUAAAAUUUGAGAAUGAAAAUAUAAUUAUAUUUAAAGAUAUCAAACCGGCUGCACAGCAUCACUAUUUGUCAGUGCCCAAAGAGCAUUUAAAAAAUGUGAAUAGUUUGAGCAAGAACGAUCAUAAAGAUCUUUUGGAUGAAAUGAUUUCCGAGGGUAAGAGGAUUGUAGAACAAGAGGGUGGUGACACAAAUGACUUAAGAAUAGGAUUUCAUCUACCUCCUUUUAAUACAGUGGACCAUUUGCACUUACAUACAAUAUCUCCAGCCAGUAGCAUGUCUCUAUUGCAUAGAGUAAUGUUUCAACCUAAUUCAUGGUGGUUUACAACAGUUGAAACAAUUCAAGAACGUUUGGCAAAUCUUGAUGUAGCUACUACUAAAGACAAUAGUAAGUUGUGAGUGGCAUUAUUUAGUACUUAUGUAUAAGAUUCCAUGUUGGUUAAGAAGGAAAAUCUAUUGUAUAUGCACAUUUUAUUCUUAAGUUUUAUUGUACAACAUAUUAGCUUAAACAAUUAAUUAAAAUAAAAAUUCUAAAUGUACAAAAAUAG